AUGGGACAGGUGUCAGAUCGAUUCCUUGUCUCUCUGGCGAACGGGACAACAACCAUCGGGUGCAGCGAUGCGGGAUGUAUCUGGGUGUCACGGCCGGUCGUCGUCAUGGUUGCCAGUAUUCCUCUCCAGUCCGAGCUUGGGAUACCCCGAGAGCGUGGCAUUCGCUUGGAAGGUCCGUGUGUGACCGCACUACUUUGA